AUGGGAUCGGAAGUAGCGGCCGUGGAAACUGUGCAGCAACCGUUACUAGAGGCAACGAAAUCGGAAGUCGAUUUUGGGAUGGAGAGUGUGUUAACGGACACUCAUUUGUCAUAUUUCCGACGGAUUUACCUAGCGGCUUUGAUCGAGAUGAAGUUUCUCUUCCACCUUGCGGCUCCGGCGAUAUUCGUGUACGUGAUCAACAAUGGAAUGUCUAUGCUCACUCGUAUCUUCGCUGGUCGAAUGGGAAGUAUGCAACUCGCCGCCGCUUCUCUCGGAAACAGUGGCUUCAAUAUGUUCACCUUUGGUCUCAUGCUUGGAAUGGGAAGUGCAGUAGAAACAUUAUGUGGACAAGCACACGGAGCUCACAGAUACGACAUGCUCGGAGUCUACUUACAAAGGUCAACGAUAGUUCUACUUCUCACCGCACUUCCAGUGACUUUACUCUUCAUCCUCUCCAAACCUAUCCUCAUUUACAUCGGCGAACCAGCUGACGUGGCAGCCACGGCUUCCGUUUUCGUCUACGCUAUGAUCCCAAUGAUAUUCGCUUACGCCAUCAAUUUUCCCAUCCAAAAAUUCCUUCAAUCGCAAAGUAUUGUCACACCAAGUGCUUACAUUUCAUCCGCAACACUCGUCCUUCACUUGAUUCUCUCUUGGCUCUCUGUCUAUAAGUUUGGUUGGGGUCUGUUUGGUCUCUCGGUCGUUCAUAGUAUCUCGUGGUGGAUCAUUGCCGUGGCUCAGAUUAUGUACAUUAAGAUGAGCCCAAAAUGUCGCCGGACUUGGACCGGGUUUAGUUGGAAAGCUUUCGACGGUUUAUGGGACUUUUUCCGGUUAUCUGCUGCUUCUGCUGUUAUGAUUUGCCUUGAGUCUUGGUAUACUCAAAUUCUUGUUCUUCUCGCUGGACUUCUCAAGAACCCUGAGCUUGCAUUGGAUUCUCUAGCAAUCUGCAUCUCAAUUUCUUCAAUCUCGUUCAUGGUAUCCGUUGGAUUCAACGCAGCUGCAAGUGUAAGAGUUAGCAAUGAAUUGGGAGCCGGGAAUCCAAGAUCAGCAGCAUUUUCAACUGCAGUAACUACAGGAGUAUCAAAGUGUAGAGGUCGCCGAAGCAGUAGCCGAUCUCGCUCCUUACUUAGCUAUUACCAUAGUUCUCAAUGGAGUCCAACCAGUGUGGCUGUUGGAUGUGGGUGGCAAGCAUUUGUGGCAUAUGUGAACAUUGGAUGUUAUUACAUUGUGGGGAUUCCUAUUGGUUAUGUUCUUGGUUUCACCUAUGAUAUGGGAGCUAAGGGAAUAUGGACAGGAAUGAUUGGGGGUACACUCAUGCAAACUAUUAUCUUAGUCAUUGUCACGUUCCGAACUGAUUGGGAUAAAGAGGUUGAGAAGGCUUCGAGACGACUGGACCAGUGGGAAGAUCAAGCUCCCCUUCUUAAGCAAUAA